AUUCGUUUACACACAGUGUUUAUUUACAUUUGUAUUAAUAUUGUGUUUGGAAACGGUUUAUUAUUGGAAUAUUUAGGUAUAGUUUUAGCGUACUGACUGGGUUAGCUUGAAGCUAACUGGCUCCUUGAUUAUUCCGGUCAGUGUAACCGGUGAUAUCGGUGUGAAUUCACGGUGCCGUUCGGUUCCGGUUUAACAACCGCUGAAAGUAAACAAUUAGCCUAGCAGCUAAUAACACUGAACUGGACUUUGAAGCAACGCCAAACUAGCAAGCUGGUUAGCUACACAGCUAACAGCCCCACUAAUAAUAAAGCAGCCGUUUUAACUGACAAAAAAACUGUUGCAUUUAACUGACAUUAAAAAUAAACGCUAGGAGAAAAAAGCUUUUAGUACCCAAUGCUAAAUCAAUACAGUAAGUCAGAAUAGCCCGCAACCGCUUAGCUACCUUGUUAGCUCCUCUGAAUGAAGCUAAGCUAACAGAGAGAGCUGACCAGCGCUUUAAGCUGCGAGAAGAAAACCCAAAGCAAUGGAAACCACUGAGUUAAACCGAGAAGUGGUGGAGCUAGUGUGGGGGAAACAGGCGAGCUGCAGCGGGAUUUCUGCAUCUCCGUUCCGCAGGUGGACACAAGGUUUUGUCUUCAGUGAGACUGAGCACGGUGCACUGGAGCAGUUUGAGGGUGGACCAUGCGCUGUAAUCGCACCUGUGCAGGCUUUUUUGCUGAAAAACAUUCUGUUUAACACAGAAAGCUUAACCUGGAGAAAUAUCUCAGAGGAGGAGCAGCGUGUGGCUCUCUGCUCUGCUCUUGCUGAGAUAUUAGAGUUGUCCUGCACUGGCAAGACACACUUCUGCCUCGCCACAUGGGCUCACGUGAAAGCCACGGAUGAAAACACAGGCAUCCCGGACCACAACACUGAGCCAGAGUCGAGUCAGACCACACACACUCAGCAACAGCCUUCUGCUUUGGCUGCUGAGGAGCUUGGCUUUGAGAGGUUUCACAGCAUGGUACAUAAGAAGACACUGAAAACUGUUGCAGAAUUAAAGCAGACAAUUCUCUUCCUGUACGACACUUGGAAGAAUAAGUUUGGGGUUCUGCUGUUUCUGUAUUCAGUAAUACUCACAAAGGGUAUCGAAAACAUAAAGAAUGAGAUCGAGGACACGUCAGAGCCAUUUAUCGACCCAGUUUACGGCCAUGGCAGUCAAAGCCUAAUCAACAUGUUGGUGACGGGGCAUGCAGUAUCCAACGUCUGGGAUGGGGACAGAGAAUGUUCUGGAAUGAUGCUUCAUGGGAUCCAUGAACAGGCUACAGUAGGCUUUCUCACACUAAUGGAGUCACUGCGAUAUUGCAAGGUUGGAUCAUUUCUCAAAUCUCCAAAAUACCCUAUAUGGAUUCUUGGCAGCGAGACCCAUCUGUCCGUGUUCUUCACCAAGGAGAUGUCCCUGGUGGCUCCUGAGUUGCCGGCAGAACAAGCCAAGAGAGUCUUCCACAGCUUUGAUCCAGAAGAUAACGGCUUCAUUCCUGACACGCUGCUGGAGGAUGUUAUGAAGGCUUUGGAUCUUGUCUCUGAACCAGAAUAUGUGAAUCUGAUGAAGAGUAAACUGGAUCCUGAGGGUCUUGGAAUUGUUCUGUUGGCUCCAUUUCUGCUCGAGUUCUUCCCUGAUCAGGACACAGGGAUUCCGGACUCAUUUCCUGUGUAUCACUAUAAUGGCCUGAAGCAGUCCAACCACAACGAGAAGGUGGGUUACCUCGAGGGCACAGCUGUAGUUCUCGGCUUUGAGGAUCCCAUGGUGCGGACAGAUGACACGCCCAUCAAGCGCUGCCUCCAGACUAAAUGGCCGUACAUCGAGCUCUUGUGGACCACGGCGAGAUCCCCCUCACUCAAUUAACUCCUCACCCAUCCACCGCUUUCCUGCCUGCUUCAGGACCCUGCACGCUCUACAAUUCCAGGAUGCUCUCACAGUGCCUGAACUAAAACACUCGGAGAGGCGAUGCUGCCUGACUCACGUCGGCUCGUCUGGGUUAAUCACUCUUGUAUUUCUCAAUUCGUCCAGAGUCUAUGUAGAAAAAUAAAUGGGGUUUUGUUUACUGAUUCAAACUCGUACACUGGAUGAAAGCUGUUUUGGCUUUACACAGCAAAACCAGGCUGUUCAUGUUUCUCUUGUUGUGUUUGUUUUUGUUUACAUGGAUACGUACAUAAAGAAAAGAUGGACGAGGUGAGCCAAGUAAACCGACCAAAUCAGUCGUUUAUGAAUCUGAGGUUAGACGGUUGUUCGAAUCAAAAUUUGGUAAAGCUGUAAUCUGACCGAAUCCUCCCGGUGCUCCGUUUAUGUAACUCUGGUUUAUAAAGGAAUGCACUACAACCCAGAACGGGGCACAGGAAGCCAGAGAAGCAGAAUUAAGGAACACAUUAGGAGAGAACAGAGGGACAGUAUUUUGGACAGGACCAAAUGUUUUUGUUUUCACAGCAGCAUUAAUACGUAUUUAUUAUUCUCUGGCUGAGGCAAAGGGACGAACAAAUGCAAACAUGCAAACGUAAUUUAUUCCAACCCACACAGCUCCUUAAAAUAAACUUUCUGUCCUCAUG